CCCAGUCCAAGUGGCAAAGGGAAGUUGGCAAAGAGAACAGUGAACUUGUUACCACAGUUGUCUCAGGCAAGAUCUAAACCACUGUGGCAGCAGACUUGUCCCUCAUUCCAUCUGAGCAAAGAACAGAAGGAUGACGAGUCAGAUGAGUUUACUUUAAAAAAUGAAUGUUCACCUGGAGAAUGCUUAAAGCUGAGAUGCAAGAAACACAAGAUACAGGAUUCUAGAGAUAAUGAACCAGGUGCUGGACCAUCAACUUCUACACUGCAGAGCAGCAGUCAUCUGAAAAAAACCCAUGAAAGUUUUAGAAGUGCUCUUGUUCACAUUAUAUUACAGCAAGACCUUAAUGAAGAUCAGCUUCCAUCCCUUGAUGGAACCCAGCCUCCAGGAGCAGAUUCUUCUACACCAAUAGAGAAAGAUAUUUUGAAAUACUAUUAUUACAUUCGCCAUGGAAUCGAUACAGCAAAUGUGGCCCCAAUGGAUGAAUCAUGGCUAGAUCACAUCUUAGCUUUAAUUCCACAUCAUCUGAAAGUGUAUGAUGAAAUUAUACAUUCACUGACUGAUGAAAUGAAAGAAGACUAUCUUCUGAGUAUAAAAAAAGCUAUAGUUGACUUUGUUUUAAGAGACACCAGGGAAAAAGAUGAAGACAAGAAGAAAGAUCUUCUUCUACCUCAUCGUGCAGAAAUAGAAGUAGUGCCAAAACCUUGGAACAAGUCUUUCUUGUCAGCAUGCAGUUACAUGAAAAAAAACCUGCAUACAAUAAAUCCUUCAAUGCUUGCUGUUCUGAACUUAUGGGAGACCUCAUUUAAAAAUUUACGCCUUAUUGAUACAGAAAUACUUCACAAUAAACAAGAAGCUGAGGAACUCUUAUGUUUCCAGAAUAAAGUCAUGAAUGAAAUUGGAAAAUCCAAAGUGAUUCUAUCUAAGAAGUGGUUUCCAGAAGUGCAGAAAAUCUUUUACCAAGGUAAUAAACGAAAACAAGUACCCAGCAAUGCCAGCAUCACUAAAUUAGAGUCUUUCUUUGGUUGUGCUGCCACUUUGAUGACUCAUCAACUGCAACAGUUACUUUUACAUUCAAUUCAAGACUUCACAGAUUUAAUUGUUCAACCUGCAAAAUCAGUCCAAGCCUACAAACACCCAGGUUUCAUCCUGAGGCUAAUCCUUGAGAAUGACGGUAUUAAAUUUGAACAUGACUUUAAUGACUAUGAGGAUAUAUUACUGAAUGUUUAUACUGUUAUGAUUCAAGCUGUCAGUGAUAUACCAAGAAUUGAGACGAAAUUAUUUUCUAAGUGGCCACAAGGUGAGUUCUCGUCAACUGUCUUGAAGCCUGUUAUCCUAGAUGAGAUCUUGGAUGAACAUAAGAAAAGGAUCAGAGAAGAAAUUAUCAAAGAAAGUGCUGCACCUGUGGAACAUCUCAAGCUGUAUGAUAAGUACAGCUUCCUGAUAAACAAACAAGCCGAACAAGAUAUCGAUCGAUUCCUGACAGAGGAACAUAACUUUGAAGAAAUGAAAAGGGAAAUUAUAAAGUACCAGAAACUUGCUAAGGAAAUAAAAUAUAAUUCUAGGAAGUAUCUCCGCCUAGGAAUGUUUGAAUUGCAUUGUGAUGAAUUAAUAAGUGCUUUGGUAAAGCGAGCAGAUAAUAUUUGUGAAAAAGUUAUUUCCAAAAUGUUGAAAGAUCAUCAAGACAUAAAUGUGAGACUAUGCGAUGAGUUUGAGAGAAUAUCAGAAAAAGCCCUUACUACUCCGUCUAAUACACAGGAACUAAUGGAACUUAAGGCCUGUAUGCAGAAAAUGCAAAAGUGUGACAUGCUUGAAUUGGAGCAGAAAUUAGUGGAUGCAGUAAAUUGUGUUGAUUUCCUGAUAGAAUGUGUCAACUUUUCACCAGCAGACAUUCAACUGAACAGUGAUGUUUUCCAAUGGUAUGCACGAAUGCCAGAUGUCUUUGAGGAGCACAGAAAGAUAAUUAAAGAAAAAACAGAGCAAUUUCAAGAUGGCCUUAAGAUACGCUGUGAACAAUUUGUUGAGGAACUGAAAAGCUACUCUAAGCAGGUUGAAGAACUUAGCACAUUGGGAGAUAUUCAGGAAGUCAACAGGUAUUUGAAGAAAGCUCAGGCAUUAAAUACAAAAUUGGAUCUUGCUGCUGAAAAGAUUGAUCAAUUUAAUUCAGAAGAAGAGUCCUUUGGAUGGCCAGUAUCUCAGUACCCUCAGCAUAAAAACCUCCGGAAUACUCUUGCUCCAUAUCUUUGCCUCUAUGAUAUGACUGUUGAAUUCAACAGAAAACACAAAGACUGGACAGAGGGAUCACUUACAGAAGUGGAUCCAGACAAAGUAGAGGUAGAUGUAGGAAACUACUGGCAUGGACUGUAUAAACUAGAAAAAGCCUUCCACAAUUCUCCAAAUGCGUUAACAAUAGCAAGACAGGUUAAAUCAAAAGUGGAGGAAUUCAGAUGCCACAUUCCUCUAAUCCAAGUGAUUUGCAAUCCUGGUUUGCAAGAAAGACACUGGGAAGAGAUGUCAAAAAUUGCUGGUUUACCACUGUCUCCUUCUGAAGACUCAAAUGUCUUAUCAUAUAUUAACUUGCAUCUUGAACAGUUCCUAGAAAAGUUUGAGACCAUCAGUGAAACAGCCAGUAAAGAACAUUCACUUGAGAAAGCUUUAACAAAAAUGAUUUCUGAAUGGGAUCAAAUGGAAUUCACUCUUCUUGCCUACAGAGAAACAGGAACCCAUAUUUUGUCAUCUGUAGAUGAUAUUCAGAUGUUAUUGGAUGACCACAUUGUCAAAACUCAGACUAUGAGAGGAUCUCCAUUCAUUAAGCAUUGUGAAAAUAGAAUAAGGGAAUGGGAAGGAAAGCUAUUAUUGGUACAGGAGAUCCUGGAUGAAUGGCUGAAGGUUCAGGCUACUUGGCUUUAUUUAGAGCCAAUUUUCAGUUCUCCUGACAUCAUGGCUCAGAUGCCCGAGGAAAGUAGACGAUUCAGUUCUGUCGUUAGGAUAUGGAAAGACUUAAUGAAAGCAGUUUUUCAGGGCAAGGGUGUGCUGACAGUAGUAAUAAUAGACAAGAUGUUGGAAAAACUGAGGAAGUGCAAUGAAUUUCUGGAGCUAAUUCUCAAGGGACUUAAUGAAUACCUAGAGAAGAAGCGCCUGUUUUUCCCCAGAUUCUUUUUUUUAUCUAAUGAUGAACUGCUUGAAAUUCUUUCAGAGACCAAAGAUCCUACUCGAGUACAACCUCACUUGAAAAAGUGUUUUGAAGGAAUUGCAAGAGUGGAAUUUACUGAGGUAUUAGAUAUUACACAUAUUAAAAGUAGUGAAGGAGAGACUGUGGAACUCGUAGAGACAAUCUCGACAUCAGAAGCUAGAGGUCAAGUUGAAAAGUGGCUGGUUGAACUGGAAGCAGCUAUGCUGAAGUCUGUCCACAAGGUCAUUGGAUGUGCACUUGAAGCUUAUCCAAAAACUCCACGUGUUAAUUGGGUAAGGGAGUGGCCUGGACAAACAAUUCUUUGUGUAUCGCAAACUUUCUGGACAAUGCAAGUGCAGAUGUCUAUUAGAAAUGGCCAAAUGGCACUAGAAGAUUUUCUGGAACAGAAUAAUAGACAGAUUGAGGACAUUGUCACCUUGGUACGAGGAAAGCUGUCUAAGCAGAAUCGAGUGACUCUAGGAGCACUUGUUGUGCUUGAUGUUCAUGCUAGGGAUGUUCUUGCAUCUCUAGUAAGCAAGAAAGUCAAAGAUGAGAGUGACUUUGAAUGGUUAAGUCAGCUUAGGUACUACUGGGAGGAAGGGCAUCUGCAAACAAAGAUGAUCAAUGCUGGACUGAGGUAUGGAUAUGAAUAUCUUGGCAAUACCCCUAGGCUGGUUAUUACUCCACUUACAGACAGAUGCUACAGAACCCUAUUUAGUGCACUACACCUACAUCUUGGAGGUGCCCCUGAAGGUCCUGCUGGAACUGGAAAAACAGAAACUACAAAAGAUUUAGCAAAGGCUGUAGCAAAACAGUGUGUGGUUUUCAAUUGUUCUGAUGGAUUGGAUUACCUUGCCUUGGGAAAAUUUUUUAAGGGUUUGUUGUCUUGUGGGGCAUGGGCUUGCUUUGAUGAAUUCAACAGGAUUGAUUUGGAAGUACUCUCUGUGGUUGCUCAGCAGAUUUUUACUAUCCAAAGAGGCAUUAAUUCUGGAUCUUAUUUAAUAGUAUUUGAAGGAACUGAACUAAAACUGAACCCUACAUGUGCUGUAUUCAUUACCAUGAAUCCUGGUUAUGCUGGGCGCUCGGAGCUUCCUGAUAAUCUUAAGGCUCUCUUCAGAACAGUAGCUAUGAUGGUUCCUGAUUAUGCCAUGAUUGCAGAGAUUGUUCUGUAUUCUUGUGGUUUUGUCACUGCUCGACCUCUGUCUGUAAAGAUUGUAGCUACGUAUCGUCUGUGUUCAGAGCAGUUGUCAUCUCAGCACCAUUAUGAUUAUGGAAUGAGAGCUGUGAAGUCAGUACUCACUGCUGCUGGCAACCUGAAGCUGAAAUAUCCAUUGGAAGAUGAAGAAAUUUUGCUCCUUAGGUCCAUUACAGAUGUCAACCUGCCUAAAUUCUUGUCUCAUGAUUUACCACUUUUUGAGGGUAUUACUUCUGAUUUGUUUCCUGGUGUGAAGCUACCAAAACCAGACUACAAUGACCUAUUGGAAGCCAUCAAAACAAACUGUGAUGCUAUGAAUUUGCAAAUGACCGACGUAUUUACUAUGAAGAUCCUGCAGAUAUAUGAGAUGAUGAUUGUGCGUCAUGGCUUUAUGAUAGUUGGAGCGCCUUUUGGGGGAAAGACAUGUGCGUAUAGAGUUCUGGCAGGAGCACUGGGAGACAUAUGUGAGAAG